GCUCGCACCGCGUGCAACAGCCUCUCGCUCUCGCUCUGUCGUGUCCGUGAGCACUAGGCCCGCCGCGCACACUGGCCUUGCUGGAUGCCGCCCUCGAAACACUGCACCACAUCCCGGCGUUCCGCGUCCCCGUGGCCGUCUUCAAUGGUCAGCCUUGAAUGGCGUCUCCUGUUGCGAAGGCGGAGGAUCACAUCUCGAACCACGUCCCUCCGCGCCACAUCCGUUCCAAGCAGCACGAGCUUGCCCAUGACGAGCACUUUGCUGCAGAUAAGCCCUCUUCCCCCGUCCCAUACCUUUCCACAACCUCGACCAAGACGCCGACGACGACUGCCCAACGAUCCCGCAAACCUGCCUCUACCGCGCAUCACCAUGCCGUCCGCCCUCAACUCAAUGAGCGAGACUCGAUUUUUGCGACUUCAUAUUCGGGCAGCCCCAUAACUGCGAGGUCAUCUCCAUCCCCACCGCAGGUACAGAGCUCACCGCUGAGCACCGCGGACGGCAUCUACUACAACGAAGGAGGGAGGAGCGGAGGGAGCAGCAACAUGGCCACGGCAACAACGACCCUGCCCGCGACUUCUUUUCUGAGCAAUGGCACGGAUUCGCUCGAUUUCGCCCGAGGACACCAGAAACAGGACACGAGCUCGACACGCCUCUAUCAUUCACGUGCUGCGGAUAGUCGUCGCCGUCCGACUAGGAGUACACUUGCUUCGCAGUACCAACGACGUUCGCUCUACGACAUUCACGAUUUGAGCUCCGUAUCUACUGCGCAGCCGCUGCCCACCACCAUGCAUCCGCAGUCACGCCAGGAUUCUCCCUUCCGCGCAGAUACAUUACCAGCUACACCCGAUUCGAUGCCGAGCAGUCCCGAUACCGGUAACACUCAAAGUGCCGAGAGACAGCAGUAUCGGUCAUGGCGACAGGGAGAAGCAAAGAUGCAAGGCCUGACUAUUGCUCAAUCGCAACGCAAGGCGAGCACCACGGUCCGAGAUGACGUGGACAAGGUCAUCGACGCCCAAUUGCCCCAACCUGAGCCUGUGGCCGCAGUGCGCUCACGCAAAGCCAGUCACUACUUGGGAUUAUUCCGAGAGAAUGAGCAGGAAGAGAAGCGGGAGACGGAGCGCAAGAAGGCGGGUAGAGCCAACGAUGCUUCCAAAUCACAGAUCUCGCGCGAUCUGGAGGAGCAAGCAGAUGGGUCAAGCAGAGAACAAACAGUCACAGAAACGAUAGAAGAGGAAGACGGCGACUAUGUCACGGUAUCGAAGAAGGAAAUGGCUCAGAGAUUGCCCUUGGGAUUGCUGGAAGAGAUUCGCAAUCACCACCACCUUGUGCCCGGCCAAUCGCAGAAGAUACCCUUUCCAAAGGAGUCCCAGUCGCACGACCAUGAUCGACGCCUACACGAGCAAUUGAGGAAGGCGGUCAACAAGACCGAAGAGGACGACGAGUCUGACCGCGAACACAUCUCCUCCGCCACUUACUAUCCUCAUCAAGGCGUACAGCUCGGCGACUCGCCAGGUGACGAAGACGGCCUGGACCGAACGCCCAAGAUAAAAGCAGUAGAUGUCAAAGACAGCCGCAGUGAACCGAGUGCCAAUGAUGUGCAACUGUCAUUGCAAGGUGAGGGUGCACCAGAGUUUCUUCAGGGAAUGUCCCGCGUCGCCUCCUCAGCCAACUUCAAAGACUUGCCCAAGCCUGUGCCCGCGCCUGAGUUGCUCAUCCACGACUCAGAUUACGAGUCAGAAUCAGGCUAUUCAACUGUAUCUGGAGAUGACGAGGACGAUGUGGAGACCACGCCGACGAACACACCCCAUGUCAAAGCUUACGGACGUCGCCGUACGUCGCGCGGCAGGCAUGCCGAACAACCGCAAGCACCAGUCGGAGCGGUUGAGCUCAAACCCUACAAACAUCAAGUUGGCGGACAUACGUCAAUUUACAGAUUCUCGCGGAGAGCGGUGUGUAAACAACUGAACAGCAAAGAGAACAAGUUCUACGAGACUGUCGAGAAGUGUCACCGGGAACUGCUGGGCUUCAUGCCCCGGUAUAUUGGUGUUCUCAAUGUGACAUAUCGCAAGGAAGCGAAGAAGCGGAAGCAGACUGUGACAGAUGAAAAUGGCAGCACUCAAGCGUCGAGUAGCGAUAGCAAGGUACAAGAUGGGAAUGAUGUGGCUGCGGAGAAGUCGAGGACUCCAGAGCAUACUCGCAUGAUCAGCCAUUCGAUGCAGAACAAGUCAUCGUCGGGCAUUCCUCAAGUACUACUUGCAAACAACAGACAUCUCAUUCCAGAGAGCCUUUUCAGGUCGUCUGAACGCUCGGUGCCUGACCUGCAUAGGACGCGGUCAACGCCACCGACUCCUUCUGACACGAACGGGAUGCCUCAACGUCCUGCACUCAAGCCUGCCCAGUCAUGGGGCUUUACUUCUGUGAACGAGCACCUCCGUGACAAGGUGCUGCGGGAAGUCUUCACUCCGCCGGUUAUCCACAAGUCACACAGACGUGAUCGUGGGCACGGACGUUCGCUGCGAAAGGUUCCGACUUACAUUCAGAACGAGCUGUCAGAACGCAACAAGUCUGUCGACGUAUCAUCGUUUCAAAAUUCAGAGAGGCAAGACCUUCGCAAGGAGUGCUUGAAGAGUCCUAUCUUGAGGCGAGCACAGCUCAGUGCCGAGAACAGAUCAGCAUCUGAUUUGACACAAGUACUGCUGAAGAAAAACGAUGCUCUUAGUAAGAGCGCCGAAAAUUCAGAUCUCAGUGCUGCGCCUGCUGGUUCGAGCGACCGUAAGACACGUCGCCGUCGGCAUUCUGGGGGAGGGCUGAUGCGUAAGCCAACCGAUAUCGAAGGAACUCGAGGGGACCUCGAGUUUCACGAAGAUGCCGAAGAGGACGUUUUUGCUAUGGACGAUGUCAAGAAAGAUCUGCCAACGCAUCCUGAGUCACCAGUCGCUAGAGAAGCAGGCACUGCCGACGUAGACCGUGCUAACGAUAAUGCCAGACGUGACGUGGAGCAGCCGGUGCCUCAGUUGGGCCCGGCAAUUGACUUCGGUGUGCCAGAGCCACGCAACCCAGUGAGCUCGCUUGUGGAGCAGGACGAGCGCGUGGAGCAUUUCAUCUUGCUGGAAGAUCUCACCGCCGGUAUGCAGAAACCUUGCGUGUUGGACUUGAAAAUGGGCACACGACAAUAUGGCGUUGAGGCUACUGAGAAGAAGCAGAGAUCCCAGCGCGCAAAGUGCAAGUCUACUACUUCUCGUGAGCUUGGCGUCCGUGUCUGCGGCAUGCAAGUUUACAACGUCAAACAGCAAGGCUACGACUUUCAAGACAAGUAUUAUGGACGAGAUCUGAAAGCUGGCGAGGAGUUUCGCGAAGCCUUGAAGCGUUUCUUCUUUGAUGGAAUUGGCCAUGCACAAGCACUCAAGCAUAUCCCGACAGUGCUUGAUAAGAUCGAUGCACUCGAAGACAUCAUCCGUCAACUGCCCGGAUACCGCCUAUACGCCAGCAGCUUGCUCAUGAUAUACGAUCGCGGAGAUGCCGACACCAAUGGCAAACUUCGCGAGAAUGAAGGAAGCGAUGCUCCAGUGCCUGGCAUCAAACUUAAGAUUGUUGACUUUGCCAAUUGCGUAACUGCCGAGAGCCUACCUUACAUUCAACACAAGCCCUGCCCUCCAAGAAACCCCGACCAAAUCGAUCGCGGAUACUUACGCGGAUUGAGGACAUUGAGAUUGUACUUUCAACGCAUUUACACGGACCUGCACAACCAGAAGUACGUGGAACGAGGAGAAGGCGAAGGUAUGGCUAUGGAUCAGCGCGGCAUUGGGCAUGGAAUUGCUCAGCAAAAGGGCUGGACGGAGAGAGUCAUGGAAGAUGAUCCGGGAGAGGUCAGUGUGUGAAAGAACACAUGCUGUGAUUUUGGAAUCGCGUUGGAAUAUAGAGGGGUGGGCAAAAAGUUGCGCAAGCUACGAUUGGGGCGGUAACGAGUGAUGGCCUUCAUUUGCUCUUCAUCGCGAUGGCGCUUCAUCAAGACUGGAAUGGGAUCCCGGGUUUUUGUAAAUGUUUUAGCAUGGCGUUGGGGGUGUUUCUUUUCUUUCUUCUUCCGAGACUGUAAGGGAAUAUUGGGCAUUUGGGUGGAAUGGGCAGGUCGGCUGGGAUGGGAUGGUAUGGGUCUGCUUCGUUGCGCAUAUACCACUUCGCAGGGCUUGUGUGCUUAGGUAGGAGAAUAUGUAUUAUGUGAUUGUGCACACUGCUGAGCCUGCUACUUCAGGCGCGG